AUGCAAAGUUAUGAAAUCGAUACCAGUACCUGCGGACGCAUGAUACUCGACAUAUUAAUAAAGAUCAAGGAAAUUGACCCAACGCUCACUUUCCGAAGAUCGUGCCGUGAAGGCAUUUGCGGAUCAUGUGCUGUCUGUGUACAGGGACAUAACUGUCUCGCUUGCACCACUUUUGUGCCAAAUGAUAAGAAGGUAAUCAUCCGUCCCAUUCCACAUAUGUAUGUUCAAAGAGACUUAUGUGUGGAUAUGACUCAUUUCUUUGAACAAUACAAUAGCAUUCGACCUUACCUCGUGAGGAAGUCUGGAGAUUUAGACGGCAAGUUUCAGCUAGCGCAGAGUAUUGCGGAUAACGAUAAAACUGUAGGCUUAUACGAAUGUAUCCUAUGUGCAUGUUGUGCAACAUCUUGCCCGAGCUACUGGUGGAACGGACGCCGUUUCCUGGGCCCAGCUACUUUGCUACACGCUUAUAGAUGGGUCAUCGAUUCAAGAGAUGAAGACGAACACCGGAGGCUCUACGAUCUGCGCGAUGACUUUAAAGCUUUUCGUUGCCACACUAUCAUGAAUUGUGCAUUGGCGUGUCCAAAAAGUCUUAAUCCAGGAUUAGCUAUCGCAAAGUUAAAAAGACUGAUAUCUGGGGUGGACAAAAAACCUAGUCCUGAAAUGGACCCUAUGAAAUUUGCAUCUGGAGGAGGAAGCUUGGAAGCCUGUAUUAGAAAAAAGAAAUAA